CUGGUGUUCGCUGGAGGGGCCGCCUCGGUUGGUGUCACCCUGAGCUCCGCCGCCGGCUCAGCCAGACGCGCGCUCCGAGGGCGCACGGGCCGGGCACACGGACUGUACGGGCGUUUUGGAUCGGCGGGGCCGCUUUGGGGUGGCGCCUCGCUGCUUCCUCGUGUCUCUCGGGCUGGGCUGGGCUGGAGCCCGGCGGCGAAGGGGAAGCCGGGCAGCUGGCUGGGCGAUGGCCCCGGAGCCGGUGGAAAACGCUGCCCGGCUGCUGCCGCCGCUGCUGCUUCUGCUACUCCUACGGGCGCAAGGCGCGCGCGGCUUCGACGAGGAGGAGCGCCGCUGCGAUGCCAUCCGCAUCUCCAUGUGCCAGAACCUGGGCUACAACGUCACCAAGAUGCCCAACUUGGCCGGCAACGACUGGCAGCCCGACGCCGAGCUGCAGCUCACUACCUUCACGCCGCUCAUCCAGUACGGCUGCUCUAGCCAGCUCAAGUUCUUCCUUUGCUCCGUCUACGUCCCCUUGUGCACGGAAAAGAUCGACACCCCGAUCGGCCCCUGUAGCGGCAUGUGCCUCUCGGUCAAGAGGCGCUGUGAGCCGGUCCUGAAGGAAUUCGGCUUCUCCUGGCCGGAAACCCUGAACUGCAGCAAGUUCCCACCGCAAAACGGCGACAACCACAUGUGCAUGGAGGGCCCGGGGGACGAAGAGGUGCCUCUUCACAGCAAGUCACCCCUGAACCCUGGAGAGGAAUGCCAUUCCGUAGGAUCGAACCCGGACCAAUACAUCUGGGUCAAGAGGAGCCUGAGCUGUGCCCUUAAGUGUGGUUACGACGCCGGCCUCUACAGCCGUUCGGCCAAGGAGUUUACAGACAUCUGGAUGGCUGUGUGGGCUAGCCUGUGCUUCAUUUCGACGGCCUUCACGGUCCUGACCUUUCUGGUUGAUUCCUAUCGCUUUUCCUACCCCGAACGCCCCAUCAUUUUCCUGAGCAUGUGCUACAAUAUUUAUAGCAUCGCCUAUAUCGUCCGGCUGAUCGUGGGCCGGGAGAGGAUUUCCUGCGACUUUGAGGAGGCGGCAGAACCUGUCCUCGUCCAAGAAGGCCUCAAGAACACAGGAUGUGCAAUCAUUUUCCUGCUGAUGUACUUUUUCGGGAUGGCCAGCUCCAUCUGGUGGGUGAUCCUGACGCUGACGUGGUUCCUGGCCGCAGGGCUCAAGUGGGGCCACGAGGCCAUUGAAAUGCACAGCUCGUAUUUCCACAUCGCGGCCUGGGCCAUCCCCGCUGUGAAGACUAUCGUCAUCCUGAUCAUGAGGCUGGUUGACGUGGAUGAGCUGACCGGGCUGUGCUAUGUGGGGAACCAGAACCUGGACGCGCUGACGGGCUUUGUGGUGGCCCCUCUUUUCACCUAUUUGGUGAUUGGGACCCUGUUCAUUGCGGCCGGCCUGGUGGCUCUGUUUAAAAUCAGGUCAAACCUUCAGAAGGACGGGACGAAAACCGACAAGCUGGAGAGGCUGAUGGUGAAAAUUGGGGUCUUUUCGGUGCUCUACACCGUCCCAGCCACCUGUGUCAUUGCCUGCUACUUCUACGAAAUCUCCAACUGGACUAUCUUCCGCUACUCGGCGGACGACUCCAACAUGGCGGUGGAGAUGCUGAAGAUCUUUAUGUCCCUGCUAGUGGGCAUCACCUCUGGCAUGUGGAUUUGGUCUGCCAAAACGCUGCACACCUGGCAGAAGUGCUCGAACCGGCUGGUGAACUCGGGCAGGGUGAAACGGGGGGAGAAGAGGGCUGACGGCUGGGUGAAGCCUGGGAAAGGGAACGAGACUGUGGUAUAAAGUGGACCAAUGCACAGCGGGCGGACCUGCCGGGUGCUCUCUCUCUCCCCCUGCGGGAAGAGUCGGGUUCACGCGAGCCACUGCGGCAGGACCGUCGCAGUGGUUUGCGCACCACGGAAAGGAGCUGUGCUUUUGGGGAGGUGGUGGGGAGAGGGUGCACAGAGAAGGCCCUAAUAAACUGCAAGGACUUGUUUGUUUGUGUGUGUGUGUGUGCUGUGAACAGCAGGGCUUUGCUCGCGCAAAAAACAGCAACAAAGGGAGCUUGCAGUGGCUUUCAGAAGCUGUGAAGACAAAAAUGGGAACCGGUUGACACUUCUGCCUGAAUGCGGCAUCCUUGUGCCUUGAGGAGUCUUGGGACUUAGCACCUCCUAGUGACGCAUCAUGUGCCUUCUCUUUAUUCCUCCUCACCCUGCCCUGAGUUGUAUUUUUAGCUGUGUUUUCUUGUGCAGGAAAGAAUUUAGAAAGUGGAUCUCUGCUGCUGUUGUUCUAGGGAACUCGUGUUCAGGGCUGCUGGCUUCCAGGGACUUGAGAUCCUGCUACGCAAAGGUCUGCCACCAUGGAGGGUUGGAAGGUGAACGUUCGUCUUCUAGCGCCUGCUCUGAUGUCUGCAUGCCAAUAGGGUUGUCAGAUAUUUGGAAGCCAAGCACAGUCCUUAUAGUCUAAGCUGGCCAAGGACAAUCUGGCAGCCUUCAGCUAUUGCUGGGCUACAUCAGCCCCUGCCCGCACCCCGUGCUGAUGGGAGUUGUAGUCCCAACAACCUCUGGAGUCCACGAAGUUGUCCGAGGUCAAUCCAAACCAUGAGUAGGAAGAAGGUAGCUUACUGGUAGAUUUCUGAGAUGUUUGCUGUUGGUCUUCUGACUCGUAGAUGUUCAACCAUAGCAGCAACACAGUGACCCUCCCUGAAUUAUACUGCUGAAAUGAAGGAACCCUGCAUGUGUGUCUGUGUGGAAGGCCUGCAAGCUCUAUCCCAGGCAUCCCCAAACUUCGGCCCUCCAGAUGUUUUGGACUACAAUUCCCAUCUUCCCCGACCACUGGUCCUGUUAGCUAGGGAUCAUGGGAGUUGUAGGCCAAAACAUCUGGAGGGCCGCAGUUUGGGGGGUGCCUGCUCUAUCCAGUUCUGGGACUUGGAAGCACAUUUCUGGGCUCAGAAUUCUUUCAUUCUUUCCCAGUGUUAGGUGUUCUGCACAAGCUCCAGGUGCUGAACAUCAGGCUCUUAAAUUAAAAAGCAAAACCAAAGGCGAUCCUUGAAAUUCGCUGCCACAUGGUCUCAGCAGUGGCACCCUCCUGGCUGCGAAGGCACUGCUGCUUACAAAAACUAGACAGGAUAAGGGUGGUGAGUGCUGGGGUGGCAGCGUUGGGGUCCUGCUGAUGUAUGGGGGGAUGCCGUCCUCCAGCCAUACAGCUGCCUGUCCUUGCCGCGGCGACAUCACAGCCAGGAGGGGGACUCUGCCAUUUGCUCCCCCCCUUCCUAUGCCACUCCUGCCUGGUCCACAGCUAUAAAGCCACUGGCUUGCUAAAAUUCAGGCAUGUCCACAACCCCCUUCUUCCUGUGCUGUAAGAAACCCCUGGUUUUACUUUGAGAAGCAUUCACUGAAGGGCUGAACUGGUAGACCUCUGUAGCUCAGGCAAGGGCCACACUCGCACCUUUAAAGUAUUGUGACAUCGCUCUAAACAGUCCCCCAAAGAAUUCUGGGAGGUGUAGUUUGAGAGUUCGAUCCCUCUUCCUAGGGGACUCUGGGAAUCGUGGUUCUGUGAGGGGGAUCUGGGUGCUUAGGAAACCCCUUUCCCCCUCACAGAGCUACUAGAUGGGUCGACACCACUCUGAAUUGUAACUUUUGAGGGGAAAUAAUCGGCGUCUCCUAACUCCCAGCAUCCUUAACAAACUACACCUCCCAGAAUUCUUUGGGGGACUUUAAAAAGUGCUAGCAUGGCUCUUAAACACGGCAAGCGAGUUGAUGCUUGGAUCCUGUUUGCUUCCAUGGGAGCCAAACUCAGCUCAGCUUCGGCCGAAACCCUCUGUUGUUUUUUUUUUUAAGGAAUGGUCUCUGUAGCUCUGCAGCUGUGUGUCUUGCAAGGGGGUUAUAGCUGAGCAGGUUGGAUCUGCAUAUGUACUAUACCACUAAUCUUCCCAAAAACUGAUCUACCACAUUCAGAGUAAUUGUACGGGGCAGCCUUGGUUGGACUGUACCAUUUCCAGCUGCAGUUGCGAGACUAGCUGUCUAAAUACGAGAGAUCAUUUACGGCACCCCCCAAAUCUUCUUGCAUGUAGAAAGCUAGCACCUCAGGGAGAGUGCUAGGCCCGCAUCUGUCACCUUCAUGGGCUAGUUUUCUUGUUUUCUUUCUUUCUUUCUUUCUUUCUUUCUUUCUUUCUUUCUUUCUUUCUUUCUUUCUUUCUUUCUUUCUUUCUUUCUUUCUUUCUGGCCAUCCGACAUGCAACUCCCACCUGUUGUCUGAAGAGGUUACAACCUUGAUAGAGAGUGAAAGCGUGUGGUUGCUCUGAACGCUCAGGUCAGCUUUUGAUAAGCCCGGUCCAGAUCCAUUCAUGCAAGCUGUUGGGUUUAAUGGGAUUUGGAUGGCGCCGUCCUUUGGGAAAUUCACCGUGUCCUCUUGCACGGUUCUUGUUUCAGCGAGGCUUUGUGCAAGAGAGUUCCCUGCUUGGCUGUGCUUAUCGGGAGAGACAAAAAAAGUUGGAAACUGAGAGCCUAACCUUAGCUUGCAGCUAGAUUCCCAUCUUUCUUCUCCCUCUCCUAUUCCCCGAAUCUCUUUCAGUCUUCCCCCCAACAUUGAUACAUGACUCUGCUGUUCCCAGUGUCGCACGCUCUCCAGUCUCAAUAAGAAAAAGUCCUCCUUUAGUUUUAUAGUCGUCUUUCCGUCUAGAGAGCAUGUGGGUUAAUAAGGAAAAGUGAGUGGAGGGUCAUUUCUGACAAUUGGCUUAUUCAGAGCCUGUUUUGUUUUGGUUUCUUUUUCUCUCCUCCCCUUGCCUCGCCAACCCCCCCUCAUUCUCUCUCUCUCUCCCCCCCCCCCGGUCCACCGCCGCCCCAGGCCCUCCAAGUAAACCUAUCAGUCCUUCCCCGGAGACCCAUUGCAUUAAGCAAUUAAGGCUUAAUAUAUUUCGCUCUGUGUGAUUGCAUCUGUGUCGACGCCGGUCUGGGCAAACUGAAAUGUUAAGUUCCUUGGCAGCUUUGCCUCCGCACAGCUCAGUUGCAUAAUUUGUGUGUCAAUUACAAUUAAGAAGACAUUCUCCAGCCAUGAGACCAGGGGUUACAUCUGACUCACUCCGUACCAAAAUGAAAGCGCUGUUUGUGUGUGUGUGUGUGUCUUUAUCAGUCUGAGAAGAAUGUGAGCGUGUGCUUUCCUUUUUCUGGUUUUAGCUAAAAGGGUCAGCUUCCCCCUCACCCCACCUGCCCUGUUACAUGACCCCAAGAGCAUAAACCUGGCUAUUGCUUGGUCAGUAAUUCCAUCUUAAACAUAGGCAGAUAGGUUCAGUGGAGCAACAGCCUAUUCUAGCUGGUGGGAGUUUGAUGACUGUAAACUUGGCUUUAGCCUGCAGGCAGUCGGCAGAAGUCGCUCAGAUGUUUGUAGGAGAACAGAAUGUUAAUGGCUGCCCGAUUGCCUGGCGGGCAAUUGUGUUCACAGCACGGCUGUGCCUUCCUUGUGUGGGCCUUGAAUUCAAGAGUUUUCUUCUUGUGUCCCUCCCCCAUGAAUGCACAGUCCUUUGCUCCGAUGUGCAGACGCUGCGCAUGGGUGGCACAUACCAUGGAGAGCAGCCGGGAGGGAGAACCUGCGGCCCCUCCAGAUGUUGCUGAAUCCCAACUCCCAUCGUUCCUGACCUUGGCCGUGUUGACAGGAGAAGAUGGGAGUUGGAGUCCCAACAACAAGCAGAGGCCCAUAGUUUCUCUUUAGAAGAAGGGGGUGCCACUAUAGGCAUAUGUGCAAGGGCUAAAAUAAUAAUCCCCCCCCCCCGGGCUGGUGCUUUUGGGUUGGCACCACAAGCACAGAGCUGGGGGCGUGGAGAGCUGUGCAUGUCUUCUGCUGCUCUUACUAGGCUCCUUUAAAAAAGAAAAGAAAAGCUUUCCGGUCUAGUUUGGCUGGUUUUAGAAGGAGUUGCAGCAGUAUUUUCCCCUCUCCCUUUCCAAAGAUCAUUCAAGUGCCUCUCUCAAGCUGCCUGGGAUCAAUGCAUAUGACAGAUUGUUUCUGCUGGGUGUCUUUUUUUUAAAAAAGCAUCUGCUCAAACCUCUUGGCGCUUGAGAGUUCUGCUGUAGCUUCCUUUCUCCCUUUUCACCCACUUCAGUGGCUACUUCCGAGCUACUCCUCCAGAGGUUAUUUCAAGCUCACCCAGAGUUCCUAUGUUGCCAAUGAUAGCACAGUGCAGGGAACUGACCUGGUGCUCAGAUACUAGUUUCCCCCCAGGAAGAACGGGGAUUUUCUACCGCCACUGCUGCACUCAACGUGGCAGUUUAUUCCUUUUUCACAACUUCCCCCUAACUCCUAAGUUUUGCAUUCUAUUUGAGCUUUUGCAAAACUUUAAAAGUCACUAUCGUGCAACAUCGUGUCCCUGUUAUUUGCUUCCAGAAAAAUAAACCUGUUUGCAAAUAAUAUGGAUGUUUAGUGCAUAACCUGCGUUCUCACCCACUAUAUUCCAAGAAGUGGCUUGCUUUUGUGUCAUGUGAAAGCUCAAAAAAAUAAUGUGGAAAUUAAAAGUUAGGGAAAUGUGGAGUUGGACUAGGCCGCCAUGUGAAUGCAGUAGAGUUCCUCUGAAGCUCAGGGAAUCUUGCCAUAAUAUCAAGGUGCAAACCCAUUUGCUCCUAACAUGCUAUCUCCAAACUGGGGAGGGGUGGCACGUCUUCUAGAUGCUUUGGGAACCUGUGCUAGGUGGAGCUGAUGGGGGUUCAAGGGACCUGGAGGGGAGCAAAAAUCUCCCUCUUGGAAACACUGGGGCAACAGCCAAUUUGCUGUGCCACCUGGCUGCCCUCUCCAUCCCUUUUGCCUCGAAGCAGCCAAGAUUGUGACCAAUCAUCUGUGGGAGAAAUCAGUUAAGAACACAAGAGCCUUUCAAGGCCCCAUCCAUUCUAGCAUCCUGUUCUCCCAGUAGCCAACCAGAUGCACAUGGUAAACUCGCAAGCAGAACCUGAGCACAACAGCGGUCUCCCCACUUGUGAGUCAGCUGGACUAGCUUAGUCAGUAGAGCAGGAAAAGACUCUUAAUAUCAGGGUCAUGGGUUCGAGCCCCACGUUGGGCAAAAGAUUCCUGCAUUACAGGGGGUUGAACUAGAUGACCCUAAGGGUCCCUCCCAAUUCUACAAUUUAUGAUUCUCAACAAUGUGUAUAAUUAAUAAAGAAUAUAGCCAUCCUGGCUAGUGACCAUAAACGAUAAUUUCCACUUGCUAUCACUUGGUCUGCCUUUUUAGAUAUUUAGAUUUCCUUCCAGCCAGGUGAGGGGAAAUCGUACCUGAGAACUGGAGCAUAAAUAAAUGGUCCCAGCUAUAGAGUCCCUGCCUGACAUUGUUUCUUAUUCCCCAGGUGCUCUUACUAGGUGAUCACCCUCUCUGCUAUUGGCUGUGGGGGGGGGGUCAUGUGGCCUGGGCCACCUUCAGCGCCACCAAAAACCAUUACCUGGUGUGGGGGGGGGCAACCCUUCACGCAAACACUAUCAUUCCUGUGUCCCACAUCCCAACUGUUGCUUGUGGGCCCGGGAAGCAGAUCUUGCUGCCACGCAUUCGGUGUGCAGAUGUCCUCUUUCAAGGCCUCCAUUCAUGGAAAGGCAGUUUGGUGUGAUCACAGAAAGGCUCUGCCCCAGAACCCCUUGCAAAUCUUGCAUCCUGAAUAAAUAAAUGAAUUCUAAGGACCCCCGUGGGUGCAUCUCUCUUGCUUGCGAAUGUAGAAAUGGCCAUUUGUCUUUUGGGUCCUAAUCUGUGCAUGACCUCAGAAUAAAGGAACCCUGAAUUGUCGAGAGAGGAUUGUAGCAUUUCAGGCUGCAGGUGUGAGCCACCAGCACUAAAUGUCCUCUCCCACCUCUUGCUCCCUGCAAAUUUUUGUGUUUUU